AAUUUAUCAUUUUAAAAUAUCAUUAUUAUUGUAACAAAUUAACUCAGCCAUGUGAUAUCAUUCUCCUAAAAUCUUCAAUAUUGGUGCAAUAAAAUUUCGCGAACGCAAUGGAGUGUUUUGGACAAUCUCAGAAAGUUCACGUAAAAGAAGAAACUGAGAAUGAUUCAGAAAACCUUCCCACGUCUGAAGAAGCGAGCGCACUUCUGGAAUCAGCAUGUGCAAUCAACCACUUGAAUGUUUACCUCGGAGAUCACACAUAUGCCAGGACAGAGCCUUCAACAGCAGUGAACUCCCAAAACACAGAGCUACAGUAUUUGGGCUGUUUAGAAGCUGUCCAUAUAAAGGAAGAAGACUUAACUGAUAAAGAGUUUGCCCAUAAUAUAAAUGAAAUGAAUAAAAACACUACACACGAAGAAAAUGAGAUAAAUAAGCUUGCAUCAGACAGUGUUUUAAGUGUAGUAAAUAAAGCAGUUUCAUCCGGCUUAAAUGAAGUGAAAGAUGAGAAUGAGUUAGAAACAGUUUCCCCACAGAAGUUGAGUUUAAAAACAGAAUUGGGUGUGGAAGCGUCUGGUUUAUACAAUCAAACUGAAGAAGAGAUGUUAGGGACAGUUCGUCCACAAAAAAGUACAGAGUCGGACAAAAACGAGACAAUGACCGGACAGUACAAUGAAAUGACAGACAUGUCAAACUUAUUUGCAAGUGGAGCGAGCGAGGCAGUUAAAAACAAAGAAAUUAAAAAUGAGGCUCCGAUGGUAUUUCUACCUUCACAUACUGUCUUAUGUUUGGGGACUGAUAUCAAAGAUGAGAUACUGUCUUUGGAGUCAAGUUUAGACACUAAGCACAAAGUAAGCGGAAAAACCAUACAGACUUUGUAUGAAGUUAAAAAUGAGGUUAUGGCUACGGAACCCUUGGAUAGCAGAGGAGUGAGUGAAGCAGCUAUGACCGAAGGCUUAUACAAUGACCAUACGGUGAAGGAUGAGAUUGUGGUUGGCCCUGAGAACCCACAUAGGCCUGAUGCAGUAAUGGCUAUUCGCAGUUGGGCGCUAAUGAGUGAUUCUUCAUCAUCUGGGAGCUUAAAACAUACAAAAAGUGUUUCGUGAAGCUCGAGCAUCUCCGCUUAACGAUCACCGACAACCGGCAAACCAAAGUCUCUAAUACCGGCAAGACUCAAAAGGUGAGAAACCUUACUACUGAGAGAAAUGGUAGAAAAAAUCACAGAACCAACGACCACAGAAGAACCAAAAACUCUUAUAACAAAAAGACUCAGAGUAAAGACAAAGAAAACAAAGGAAGAAUCAAAAGAGAGUCUAUAUUAUGCAGCAGCACGAUUCGAGACUUUAAAGAAAACCCUACGCUUGAAAGAAAAGAGACAGGCAAAAGAGAAUCUAUAUGCAGUCUGUGUGGGGAGGUCUUUGUUCUGAAAGCAGAUUUGAUGAAACAUGUCAUGAGACACAUACGAGUACAUAUUUCUAAGGAAGAGGAAGAAAGAAACAUCGUUUCGGAAUGUGAUAAAUUGAAGUCUUCAAUGCGCGAUUGCUGGGUGAAACUCGAGCGCUGUGCCACGAAACAUGGCGAGCUCGAAACCACGAACGAAUCGAUUAAACAUACAACAACAAUUCAAGAUUAUUCGCCACAGAAACAUGUGCCACGACACACUGUAUCACGAGAGAAACAUGUACUAAAACAAAAUGUAUCACGAAAGAAAUAUAUACCAAAACAAAAUGUAUCACCAAAGAAACAUGUACCACGACAAGAUGUAUCAAAGAAACAUGUACCACAACAAAAUGUAUCACCAAAGAAACAUGUAUCACAACAAAAUGUAUUACCAAAGAAAUAUGUACCACAACAAAAUGUAUCAUCAAAGAAACAUGUACCACAACAAAAUGUACCACUAGAGAAACAUCUACCACAACAGGAAAUGCUCUCUGACUCCGUCCAGCUAUCGGAAACAAACAUAUUCACCUGUGAAAUAUGUAGUGAAUCAUUUCUAAACGAAAAUGGCCUAAAUAGUCAUAGUAAGGUACAUAUACGAAAACUUCACAUGACAAACCAAUCAAAAAUAAAUGUAAGUAACAGUAAAUCGCAAUAUGUAUGCAAAUAUUGCAACAAAGUCUUAAAAUCUAAACGUUCUAUAUACAGACACGAAUUAAUACACAAGGGAUUGAAACCAUACUCUUGUAAUAUAUGUAAAAAAUCGUUCUCUAGAGCUGACUACAUACAGCUUCAUAUACGAACGGUACACCAUAAUGAUGAGAAAUCCUGCGAUAUAUGCCAAAAAAAGUUCAAGCAUUCACAUGCUUUAAGAAAACAUAAAUACUUAAUUCACACAGACAGAAAAUAUUAUUCGUGCGAAAUUUGCGGAAAGCAGUUAUUAGGUUUCAACAUUUUAAAGAAACAUAAACUAAUUCAUACAGGGGAGCGUAAACACCAAUGUGAAGUAUGUAAAAAGAAAUUCACGCUACAGGCCUCGUUAACCAGGCACCGUGUAGUUCACACAGGUGACAAACCUUACGCCUGUAAAAUCUGUAAAAAAAAUUUUUCACUCUUACAUGCUGUAAAAAUUCAUGAAAGAACUCACACGGGACAAAAGCCAUAUUCGUGUGAAAUAUGUAAAAAGAGAUUUACUCGGAUGUCAUGUGUAUACUUACAUAGACGCAUACACGAGGGUAUAAAGCGUUAUACUUGUGAUAUUUGCUCAAAAGCAUUCAUGCAUUCAAGUACUUUGAAUAAACAUAAACUUAUCCACAUUGGUGUUAGAGCACAUCUCUGUGAAAUAUGUGACAAGCGAUUCUUACUAUCGGAUCACUUGAAAUCACAUCUAUAUACUCAUACGGGGAAAAAAUCGUUCUCGUGCGAAAUAUGUAAAAAAGCGUUUAUUUCUUCUGCUUAUUUAAACGUACACAAGCGGAUGCAUGGUGACAGGCCUUAUGGUUGUAAAGUGUGUGGAAAGGGUUUUACACGGCAGCAAAAUUUAAGAACUCAUCUACUUUUACAUACAAAAGAGGAACCAAUAAAGUAAUCUUUUCAAAUAUUCUUUUGUCUUUGGUCUUAAACUUUUUGACGGCAGUGUGUGAGUUGAUCGAAUAUAUAACAAUUCAUUAGAAAAUAUGGUCCUAUAUCUAAAUAUGUACUUUCGGAUAAUAAAAGAAAUAACUGAUUCA